GCUCCGAUUGAUUCAUACAUUCUUCCAUCAGCUGUACAAUGGCACAAAAACUCUCACAUACAUCUCUCGCUACUCAAAGUUACGUUUCGCGACUUAUUACGAGUAAGUUAUCACAACCAGCACGCUCAAACCCUGCCCUACAACAUCAACGAUGAUCGUCCGUAAAGCGUCAUAUGUAUCAUUAGAGUGCAUCUCUGUUUGCUUUUGAAACAGUGCGGUAGUCUAUCAUCGAUCGUUCAUCACACGCGUUGUGAAAAAAGUUCUUCGCAAUAUAAAUCACACAUAUCGUUCUAACAGCUGUAAAAGCAGCGCUAUCAACCAGAGCGAAACGGAAAUCGACGGCGGCCGGCGGAGCCGCGGUCAGCAAACCCAAACCUACGAUAUCCACAAAGGGAUCGCCGAGAGUGCCAUGGACAUAUCGCUGCUGACGGCCAAUGCCAACCAACUGCGGCUGCUCAUAACCUACAACAACCGCUCGAAGACCUACAUCGCGUGCAUUACGUUGGUGAUCAUCUCGUUGGUGCUGCAGGUGCUGGUAGCGAGCGGGGUUAUUAUCAUUAAGAGUCAACCCAAGUCCAAACGAAGUCAACAGUUCGAGCGAUUGAAGAUUGCCACUUCCAUAGGCGUCACAUUUAUUACAGUCAUCAAUAUACUGGUGGCAUCGUUGGUGGUUACCGAUUCUCCGGCAGUGACUGGACCAUCUUAGCCUACACAUUGAUACACUUUGUUAUAGCAGUAGUUUAAGGACGAAUAAAGCAAUUUGUUUCGAUUCAAAUCGGUUCAUCUCCAUUGAGCACGUUUCCUAUAGUGAAGUUACUUCCGAGGUGGAAGUUAAAGAUCUCCAACGCUUCGAUAGCAAGCAUGCUGCUUCAGCACAUUUUAGUUUAUUCUUAGCAGUUUACGGUACAGUCUCGUUCCGAUUGCAUCCAUCAAGGAUGGUUAGUCAAUCCAUUAUGAUCACGCCGCCGAAGAAAGUUUCCAAAUACUCACCUUCAACGCCGCCCUCUCCGGAUAGCCCAACUGGCAAUGGAUCGUUCUACAGCGAAUCGGACUAUGACCUGCGGUUUGCCUACCAAAACUACGACCUGUACCGGAGUGUCAUUGAAAUAGCUCUGACCGUGUCGUUCUUGGCGGCCACCACCAAUCAGCUGCGGUUGCUGAUAAGCUUUCGCGAGUCCCAGGGUUUCAUCGUCAGUACGGUUCUGGUCACUCUGUCGCUGAUGAUGCAGCUUGUUAUUGCGAUCAUUGUGGUGACGAUUGCGGUGAACGAUCAUUACCGAUGGAUCAAGUUGAAAGCGAUUACCGCGAUGGGUGCCAUUCUGCUGACGGUGGUGAAUGUGGUGAUUCCCUUUGUCAUCAACUUCGAGCACUCACAUGUGGAUUUUGGCAGAAUCUAUCCACAUUGACGAUCGUGCAUCAUACGGAGCCGGGAGAAAUGACUAAAUUUCUUUUAAUUGUUAUUCAAACUAGUGAAAUAUUUACUUCUUAGUAAGUUCUGUUCCAGAAAGGAGUUCAAUGCCAGCACAAAGUAUAAUAAGAAGACAAUGCUAAACCAACGGAGAAAAUACUGUAUCUGCCAAAAUUCAUAAACGAAGAAAAACGCUGUUAAAGUUCAUUAUUAUUAUUCUUUAAAAUAGUAAUCAUGUGUAUUGAAAUGUACCGCAGAUCUAACCAUGUUUUGGAUUAAUUCAACACAUUACUCGGUCAAAUUUUCCAACUUACAUUUUACACCUUAAAUCUAUUAUAAAAAGUAAUUGUAGGAUUCAUCAAAAGUAGUUCAUAUUAGACAGUAGUAUCAAAAGAAGUUCAUAUAUAGGCGUUCAGUUCAUCACUUCAACAGAUUCAGAUACAGUCGAUUCUCGACAUCUCGAUAUCGAAGGAACCA